AUGGCGGACACAAGGGAAGGUGAAGAUUUUCUGACACCGUUGGAACUAUUUGAGAAGAAAGAAGUUGUACGGAUCUGUGCGCCAAUGGUAAGGUAUUCAAAGUAAGUACACAAAAGACGUUUAAAUUACUGGCAUUUCUUGUUUCCUAAAUAGUAAAGACAGGUAGUAAGUUACCCGACUCUAUUAUCCUAAAUGGCAUCUUUGUAUUUGCAGGCUUCCUUUUCGGACGCUAGUGAGAAGGUAAAUCAAAAUUUUGUCAUUUUUCAGUGGGGUCAUACGUUGAUCAAAAACAACGAAUGUUUAGAGAUAAGCUACGACGUCGGUACUUACUGUAAUUCUAGAUAUUGAAAAUGUUGAAAUCAUAAUUCGAUUAAAACAUCCUGCCUACUAUGUGCAUGUAGAGGUUCGGAACUCACCAUUUCAAGCCCCGGGGCGGGGGCAAUUGGGUGAAUUUUUUGCUUGGUAUGUGUUACCGGCCUCUCAGAACCCCUAUCCCACUAUUACAGUGUAAAGUACCUAAGUACGCCCGGUUAUAAACAAACAACUUACUAAUGACCGUUAAUGAAUAAUUUCCUCUCAUUGAAUACCACUACUUACAUAAGUAUUCAUAACACGUACAGUCAGUUCAAAAAAUGCAUACUAUAGAGCUUAUUCCCUUGACACAAACUGACGCUACACCACAGACCCCAUUUAGUCACUUUUGGGAAAGUGUAAGCUUAAUUUUUACAAUCCCAACUUAGUCACUUUCUGUUUACGCAUCUACCCAAUAAUCUUCCCAUUUUUAAAUCCCUACUUACUUGAAUGUUUUUACCCCUGAAAUCUUGAAAAUGUGCAACCCCAUUAAAUAUAAAGCAACCCCAUCAAGCGGCACAUCCCAAUUAUUAACCUCCCCCUGGGCAUUCAAGUAGAUAACAGUAAUGAAUUUUAAAGGUUGCCUAUCAUUAUGGGAUUUAUCCAUCUAGGUAUGGAUGUGAUUUGGCAUUCACUCCAAUGAUAAUUUCGGACUCCUUUGUCAAGUCCAUCAAAGCUAGAGAUAUGGAAUUCACUACAAACUCAGGUAUGUAAAAUGAAGAUUGACUUGUAACAUAAUUAAGCUCUGUAAAAAAAUUAUCAAAAUUUAAUAUAUAAUCUUCAUUUCUGUAGACUGGUAAGUAAUCCUAUUGAAUGCAGUCAAUACAAUGUAAAUGGUUGUCCAGUCCCAGUAUGCCUUAUUAUUAAAUCCAAAAGUCCCAAGUCCACCGCAGUGUUAUUUGAGUUUGUCCAGGCUAGUGGAUUUUCCUCACUAAUGCAAUGUAAACCUGCUAAAGGUUGUGCAUCUGUUAAGAUGGCUUGAAGGUAACAACAAUCUACACACACUUGUAUUGUAUCGAAGCAGCCACGUUUAAUCCAGAGAUAAUCGGGGCCCCAUAGAGACAUAGCACAUUUUGGUUCUUUGCUGUUCAUUCCCUUCUUUCUGUAGGUGAUCGCCCUCUAGUAGCUCAGUUUGCUGCCAGCAAUGCAAAGGAUUUUGCUGAUGCUGCUGAAAUUGUAGCCCCGUAAGUUAAACCUCAGACAUAUUGCAUCUAUAUUAUCACUGUACCAAAAGUUUUUAAAUGUUUUAACAUACAAGAAUCACUUUGCUUAAUGUUCAAGCAAAUCUAGUAGUUUUUAGAGAAUUACUCAUUACCCUCUUUGCAAGUCCCAUGAAAAGUUCAUUAUUUCAUUGGUGAUAAAAAGAGACCAGAAAUUUAGUAAGUUAUCCUGCAUGACCUGUCGCAGCAAGUUAACAUAUUGUAGGGCUGUCAUUAAGAGGCAGGGGCUGGGGAUUUUCCCCGGUUACUACAAAUGUGGCCCAAGGCUACUUUCAUCGGAAAAUAGCAAUCUUAGUGAUAUCACUGAUAUGGUCAGAUCUUAACUGCCACAAGAUGUUGAAUUUUCAACAUCUUGUGUACAGCUUCUUGAAUUUCAACACCUUGGUUGAAAGAUUUUCAAAAUUGGAGAUCUUUCCUGAAAGAUAUUGAGAAUUCAAGAACCCACCAUUUACAUGCUUCAGGAAAUCCCUGUGGGUAACUCAACACAGCUAACUCACUGCCUUGUGAACAAAAGUGUUGCAAAAUUGCUUGUGGUUGUGCCUAAUCAUAUAUGAAAGCAUGACCAUCAUCAUAAAAAACCUGGCCUUUGAUUAUACUGAUAACAGAAAUGUGACUUAAACCUAGAACAGUGAUAUUAAUAUUAUAAUUAUAAACAUAUCUCCUUGCAUGUAGAGAUAUCCUGAAAUUAAAAAGUUUCUUUCUCACUAGGUUUGUUGAUGGUGUUGAUCUUAACUGUGGCUGUCCCCAGAGGUGAAUUUUUUAGACAGACAUGAGUCAAAUUAUUAUAUUACUUUCAUUUUUAUUAGUUGUACUAUUGUUGCCUUUACAAGGCCUCCUUAAUUUGUACUUUCUGUAUUUGUCAGUCAUGUUGUUACCUCUGCGUUCUGCGUCCCUAACCCAUAAAAAUCGCUAAGGACGCAAUAAUAAUAAUAAUAUUCAUGAAAUGCGUCCCUAGGAAACAAGGAACAAUCAAUCAAUUUGAAGAUUUUUUGGUAGAAUAUCCUGUUCGUGGGAUUUCUGUGGCUGUUGUUUAAAGAUGCAUAUUUAUCUUGUGCUUUAAAUAUGUAGAAGGACACUAUUUUAAUUUUUGUAAACUGCAAUCAAGAGUUUUAGGUCAGGUUAACUGUCUGGUUACAUAAAGGCCCUAGAAUUUCAAUUCAGGACUCCUUGUUGUUUGAACUGGGACUCAUUGGUUAUGGACAGCGACUCAUGAUUUUUCACAUGAUGAGUCAUAGGACUAGCCAUAACUAUUUGUAACAAAAUCACUGCUUGUACUUUUUAGGUGGGCCAUGCAAGAGGGUUAUGGUGCAAAGUUAAUCAGCAGCCCAGAAUUAAUUCAGGACAUUGUGAAGCAGUCUGUUUCAAGAGUUCCGGGACUUCCUGUAUCCAUCAAGAUCAGAAUUCAUGACAAUAUAAAGUAAAGCAAUCAAUAAUUAUGCUUUCUUAUAGCUUUUUGGGUGUGCAAAAAGUCUUUUUCUUACUUAUCAUAAUAACAAAAGUGGGAAGUGUCUGCAAGAUUUGAAUUAACUGUUCAUUCAAUGUUCUUUUUCUUCUCUGUUUCCAUUUAUUUGACAAACCUAUGUUACUAAGCACAUCCUUAAAGCUUGUAUUUAAGUUUACAAAAUGUAAUUUUCCAUUUUGAUUAUUAUAGAAAAACCAUACAGCUCUGUAGACAGGCUGAAAUGGCUGGUGUUUCAUGGAUAACAGUUCAUGGAAGGACAGUAAGACAAAGAGGUGAACCAGCAAACUGGGAUGCUAUCAAAUUGGUAUUGAAUAGUGACUUCUAUUUAAAAAAUGUUGAUCCCUUUGAUUUUAAGUGGUCACAGGCUUUUUUGCCAAAUAUACAUCCAAUUAUGUUUGUUAUUAUUAAUACUUGUCAUCCGGCGAUUGUAUUUUAUCUGUUCAUGAUUACAGACUCGCGUAGACUCAUGAUUCAGUAAUACCACAGCAUUUAUAACAAUAUGUUGUCUCAUAAUUCAGAUCAAAGAGAGUCUGUCCAUCCCUGUGGUUGCCAAUGGUGAUAUCAAGUCUGAUUCUGAUGUCAAAAAUGUUCAUGCAAAAACUGGUGUCAAAGGUACCUUGUAAUACUACACUUAAUUUUGAAAACUACUAGUUUUCCGUAGUGGACAGUGUUCUAGCCCUUUAUCCUGAUGAAGGACUAGCCCUGAAAUGUCAGCCUCUCAUUCCCCCUACAGUGGCUAAUCUAGCUAAAAGCAACACAAUUUAUAAAACCAAACUUUCGAAUAUCACUCCCCCACUGAUGUAACACCACAGUUUCUUUAGAAGUUAAUUCCUUAUUUGACCAUCAGUGACAGGCAGGUUAGGGUGUGAAUACCGUAACUACUAAAUUUUGUUAACUUUAGGUGUAAUGGCUGCAAGAGGUAUUCUAAACAAUCCAGCUAUGUAUGCAGGAUAUGGUGUGACUCCUCUUGAGUGUGUGGCAGACUGGGUAUGUCUAUUAUAGACUGAGGUAUAGUGUUGUUGAACAGUUAAACAUAGAUGUUGUCUUUUUCUAUUUUAUUAUUAUCUCAUAUAACAAAAAGUGCAGUGGAAAAGUUAUUGCCUUUGGGAUCAUCAAUUGAUACUUCUCCCCCAAAUAAUGGCUGACCAUCUCUCGUACAUUGUAGUUGUCCUCAUAGGAUACAAAGAAAGUUGUGAAAGUUUUUGAAUUCUUAGUUGCAUUUUCUUUACUUUGAUUUUUACAGAUUAAUAUUGCCCUCUCUCUUGGCACUCCCUUCACCAACUUUCAUCAUCAUUUAAUGUACAUGCUAGAGAAAGUAACCAGUAAAGCAGGUAUGUUCUUAGAUAUUGAGAUACCUCUCCAAAAAACCACUUGACUCUAAUGAUUUUCCCGUGCUCUAACUAUUCAGGCCCAGUUUAGUGAAAUCUGAUAGUACUGAAUAAAGGCGGCUUAAUUUUAACAGUAAAACACCUUUACAAAUACACGAAUCGAUUUACGCAACACAAACACUGAGCAAUGAUUUUUCUGAAGAUGAGAUCAGCAACCCCUCUUCUUUUCAAUAUAUUAAAAUUAAUAAGGGGCACUCACCCUUUUCUGUAAGAAUUAUCUGUUCAUUCUCUUGUAGUAAAAGGAUUUGCACAAUGUCAUUAGUUGUGCAGCCUUCAACUGUAAAAGUUAGGCGUGAAAAAUAAAAUUGAAAAUUUUAAUUUUUGCACUACCUUUGGCCUUUGAUUGAUAAGCAAUGAGUACCGUAUAUAUCUUUACAGAAAGAAGGGUAUUCAGUGAACUCAAAAGCACUGCAGCAGUGUUGGAUCACCUCAGAGAAUACUACAGCAUUGAUAACAGAGAUGUUACUGAAGGAAGCGAAGUUGGCCUAGAAUAGUUUUUGCUGGCAUACACAGUUUGCAGGCCUGUAGAACAGGCAAAAAACCCUGCCCUGGUGUAGCUCCAGGAGAGGAACUGCGAGUCACAUCAUACCAGCCAGCAAGUCAAGACAAUGAUCGCGGUUGAAGACAUUCAAGACUGCAAGUUACAACAAGUAGAGAGUAAUACCAUUUACACUAAGAGAGCAAACAGUGUGACAUGGUUUUAAGAAGAAUAUGACUGACAGUCGCAGAAAGUAGUAUCAAGGACGUGAAAAACUAGCCUGCGUAGCAAGCGUUUCCAAUCGAGUUAUUGCGCGAAAGGUAGAGCGGAAGCAAAAAAAAGGUUGAAGGGGGAGGGGAAGGUUCCUUCUUUCCCCUCCGCCUCCCCCGUCAUUUUCAUACUUUUUUUUGCUCUUGCCUCAGCUUUCUAGACGAACCUCGCGAGGAAACGCUUGCUACGCAGGCUAAUGAAAAACAAGAGAAAUGUGUCAGUACAACAAUGGAAUUGUUGAAGUAUAGCUGCGUUUCUUUCGCCUUCACUAUCCUUCAUUAACUACUAACCGAGCAACACAAGGAUAACUAAUACAGUAAGGAAUAGAAUUUGCGUUGUUUUGGUGCUCAUAACUGUAGCUUGUGACGUCAUUGUCUUCCCAUUCCAAAUGGAUACAUUCACUAUCCGUGCAUACCAUUAAAACAACUACGACCAAGUCUAAACGGACGAAGCUGCCGUCAACUUUCACUGCUCUGUCGAUUCGUCUUUGCCUUUGAAAGCAAAGUUUGGUGGUGACGUUUUGUUUUGGUCCAC